UUUCACAUUAUUUGUGGCAUUUGUUUUGAUAAAGGAUGUAAGUUAAAAGUAUAAAAAAUUUGUUCCUGUACAGCAUUGGAUAAAUAGUCAUGGCAGUUGUAAUCGACUUAAAUUUGGUUUGCAUUGUUUGCCUUCAAGAUGAUGGCGGUGAAUUGAAGUCUGUAUUCUCGGAUGCCCUGCCAGUAACGACUGCGCCACAGUCAGACGCCAGCAUGACCAUUGCCGAAAGGAUCACAUUUUGUUCGGAGUUGAACUUAUCAGAUAUAAACAUUAAAAUUUCAAACAAAAUAUGUGAUCGUUGCUUGAAUGACCUCGCUGCAACAUGGCGCUUCCGAAAAAAUUGCGAAACUGCUAAUUCUCUCUAUCGCUCCAUACAACAAGAAGAGGAGGACGUUGUAUCAUUGGCUAAUUAUGAGCUUGAGUCUCAGAAAACCAAAGAACCUGCAGGUUUGAAAAUUCGGCGAGUUCACCCCGAAGUCAAGUCAUAUCUUAGCACGUCACAAAUAGAUGAAGAACAAUCUGAUGACAUCAUUAAUGAAACUGACGGAGAAAAAUCUCAAGAUGAACUAGAUUCCUUUUCCGGAUUUAGCAUAGUCGAAUAUAUUGAUGAGGAUGAUCAAAAGGAUACUGCAAGUACAGAUUACUUUGAUUAUGUUAGGGAAGAACGGUUAGAAGAGGCAAAAGACAAUCUUAAGGAUAUUGGAAAACAAAACGGUCUAGAAGAAGUAAGUUAUGCCAGGAGCCCCAAAGCAAAUGAACCAACAAUAACAAAUCCGAAAAUUGAGUUCGAGGACCACGAGAAUUCUCAGUUACAAAUAAAGCGAGAAUUAUCAGAAGAUUCGGUCGAUGAAGUUAGCACGGAUUCACUAAGUACGCUGCCAGAAAAUAAUGCGUUUUCCAUACAUCAAAAGGAACUAAUUUCGACAAUAUUUGAAUCAGAAUGUCUGCGAGGCCGUGUUCGACAAAAUCUAAAUGAAAAAGAAAAUAGCAACAAAAUUCAAAGUAACACUAAGCUAAAUUUUAAUGUACAAGGAGUAGCAGCUAAACGAAAAUAUAAUCCUAAUAAAGUUACAGCCCCUGCAGAAAAGAUACCUCAAGGGGGGUUGAAAACGCCUUCACAUAAAAGCAAACCAUUCCAUUCAUCAAUGAAGAUUUGCGAGAUUUGCGGAAAUAUUUACAAAUACCAGCAUGCACUGAGUGCUCACAUGCGGCGGCACAAUAACGACCGUCAAUUUGGCUGUGAACUUUGCGAUAAGGCAUUUGUUUCGAACGUGGAAUUACGCCGUCACAUGCGCGUGCAUACGGGUCACAAACCAUACCCUUGUUCAUUUUGUGACCGCCGCUUUUCCGAUUUUGGAUCACGUAGUAAACACGAAAGAACUCACACUGGGGAACGACCGUAUCAUUGUACAACAUGCAAAAAGUCAUUUGCAUACCCACAUGUUUUAACGGUACAUUUGCGGACACAUACCGGUGAAAAGAAAUUCCAAUGUACACGGUGUGGUAGAGGCUUUACAAAGAAAGCAUAUCUCUUGGCCCACUUAGAAAAUCAUACACGCUGCGAAAACAUAUCAUUAAUGGGGCGACUGAGUGAUGAGGGUUCCCUCGUUAAUAGUAAACCGGAAGCCCAUAUAACGCACCAACAAGAGAUUACAGCAAUAAAGACAGUGGCCGUCGAGGAAUGCAUCUUCACCACAGAACUAAUUACCGAGGGUGAGGAGAAUAUAUCUAAUGAGAUACAACACAUUGUUGAGCAAGCCGACAUCGGGCAUUGUGCUAUGGAACUGGAGGAAGCCAUCGACGAAGAACAUUUAGAUGAAGAAAAUGAUGUUGAAUAUAUUUUAGGUGUACAAUCAUAGUAAUUUUGAUAUAGCUUGCUAUAAUUUUCCUUUAAUAAGAUAAAAAUAUCAUACUCGUAAAGCAAAGUUUUAUAUUUAUUAAAAAAAUAUGUACAAGUACUUGUAGAUGUAAAUUCAUGACGACUAGCUUACUAGGUUGUUCCGGAAAGAAAAACCACUACACAAAACUAAACAGUUUUACCAAUGGGUCAACUCUUAGUUGGAAGACUGCUCUGAAUCGUAUUCCUAGGAUCUGGAAUCCUACCACAUUUGUCAACAGUCGAUUCUACGUUACCGAGACCAGCUAAGAGCUGUCAAAACUGGAGAAUGUUUCAUGAUCUUUAAAACAACAACAUACGGCAGAGUCAACUUAUAUAGAGCAGAAUUACAUCCUGACAUCGGAAAACCUGUCCAAUUUGCGAAGACAAGAAGCACGUCAUGCUUAAUGCGUUAUUAUGUAUUUUCGAACACGACAAAUAUAGAAGUAGUGAAAUAUAACAAAUAAAAUAAGUACAUACCACAUUU